GUGUGGAGGCUCUUUGCAAGAAUGCAGUGGCAGGUCUGGGCCUGAACUUCCGCAUUGAGCAGGAAGAAAUCAACAGUCAGAGAGCCAGAUGCAGUCCCCACCAACACACCCUGCAUGCAGCUGCUUUUCACGGGAGUAGCGCUUCAUCAGAGGAGAACAUUCGGCCCAUGAAGCUGUCACCUUCAAACUAAACGCUGAAACAAGGAUUAAAAGAAUCUGAGAAGAUGGACGACAUCGACGCCAUGUUCAGCGACCUGCUGGGGGAGAUGGACCUCCUCACUCAGAGCCUGGAACAGGAGACAAGACCUCCAGAACCUCUCCCGCCCGCUAACAAGGAAGCCAACUUCUCUUACGGCUUCACCGACAUGAACGAGUCCCUCAACGAACUGGAGGAUACUGAUUUGGACGCGCUGAUGGCUGAUUUGGUCGCUGACCUAAACGCGACCGAAAUGAAACUCGCAGCAGAUAUAGAAGGUCUGAAGGUGCCAUCGCCGCCUCCACCGGAUCUGCCACCGCCACUCCAAGGCCUGAGCCCCCAUGCAUCAUCAGCUUCACCAGCAUCUCCAGCGAGUAGCACAAGCAGCAACACCCCGGCCUCCUCGGCCUCUUCCCCUUUACCACCUCCGCCCCCACAGGGUGCAAAGCCUACGAUGGAGGAAAUCGAGGCGCAGAUGAAAGCAGACAAAAUCAAACUCGCUCUGGAGAAGCUCAAGGAGGCCAAAGUGAAAAAGUUGGUGGUGAAGGUGCUGAUGAACGACGGCAGCUCAAAGACCCUGAUGGUGGACGAGCGGCAGAACGUCAGGGAGGUUCUGGACAACCUGUUUGAGAAGACCCACUGCGACUGUAACGUGGACUGGAGCCUGUGCGAGACAAACCCAGAACUGCAGCUCGAACGGACAUUUGAAGACCAUGAGAUCCUGGUGGAGCCGCUCUUAGGAUGGACGAGGGACACCGAGAACAAAGUGCUCUUUAAAGAGCGUGGGGAAAAACACGAGGUUUUCAAAAACCCACAGAACUUUUAUCUUUGGAAAAAGGACAAGAGAGCUCUCAAAGAGAUAAAAGACAAAGACAAGGAGAUAUUAAUAGAGGAGAACUUCUGCGGGUCGUCCAUCAUCGUGCCCGACCUGGAGGGGGUGCUGUACCUCAGAGAAGACGGAAAGAAGUCCUGGAAGCAGCGGCUCUUCCAGCUGAGGGCCUCUGGGAUUUAUUAUGUGCCCAAAGGGAAAACCAAGUCGUCCCGUGACCUCGUUUGCUUUCAACAGUUCGACAACGUGAACGUCUACUACGGCAAAGACUUUAAGAACAAAUACAAGGCGCCCACUGACUUCUGCUUUGUUCUGAAGCAUCCUCAGAUCCAGAAGGACUCCCAGUACAUCAAGUACUUGUGCUGUGACGACGACUGGAGCAUGCACCUGUGGGUGACCGGGAUACGCAUCGCAAAGUACGGCAAGUCUCUGUAUGAAAACUACAAAACAGCCGAGAAGAAGGCGGUGGUCGACUCGGCGUGGCUGAACCGCAGCACGCCGUCCAGCUCCAACCCCUCCACGCCCUCGCCCACCAUCAAAGCCAAGUCACAGAGUCACGCAAACGGUCACGCUCCCAAACCUCAACCAGGACCUGCACCUGAGAACUUUGGAAGCAUCCCACCUCCACCUCCUCCUCCUCCACCUCCUCCUUCAUCAGGUGGGUUUUUCCCUCCACCACCUCCGGACUCAUCAUUCCCUCCUCCACCACCUCCUUUAGCUGCCAAGAGCUCCCCGAGACCCGGCCUCCCCCAGCGAAACCUGCCAACCAACUUCCCUCCACCUCCACCAGCAGUGGACCUCCCUCCUCCACCCCUGCCUCCGCCUGUCGAUGACUCCUCUGAGGCACCACCAGACUUCCUCCCACCUCCUCCUCUGCCAGUGAAAGCCCUCCCAUCCCCUCCUCCAUCCUUUCGUUCAAUGCCACCUCCUCCUCCUCAGUCAGCGAAAUCCCUCCCAUCCCGUCCUCCAUCCUUUCGAUCAAUGCCACCUCCUCCUCCUCGGUCAGAGAAAUCCCUCCAACCUCCGCCUCCUUGUGUCAGGGGCAUGGACCAGUCUCUGCCUCCUCCACCACCCGACCCAGGCUUUUUACCACCUCCCCCACCUCAGCCAGUGUUCACAGGGGCUGGGGCUCCUCCUCCACCUCCUCCACCACCUCCUCCUGCCACUGCUCUUAGCCCCGCACCAAGAGCCCCUGGAUCGGUGAGGAAGAUGCCUCCUCCUCCGCCAAAGAGGACUACACCGUCGAUGCAGGGAGGAGGAGGAGGAGGAGACGGGAACUUAAUGUCAGAACUGAUGUUAGCCAUGCAGAAGAAACGCGGCAAUCAAUAGUCUGAGCAGCUGAUUUGUGGAGAAUAAGAACGAACUCUGCCAAACGAAGAGUAAUUUUCAAACUUAACCCACAGCCGUUCUUCUGUCACAGCUGGAGAUCAACACACACAUUGAUCCAUUCAUCCAGAGCAUUGAGCUGACUCGUCUGUAGCACACCUUUGUAAUUGUUUUAAAACUGGGUCACUUAGAAACCAGUGACUGCUGUAAGAAAACAUUUUAUGCUGUCGUCCUAGUUCAAAGAGACGUUUUCUUUUUUAUAGAAUUGUAUAUAUUGUCAUGUUUACCUGAAACCAGAGUGUGGUUGUUUUCCAAAUGGCUGUCAUCUAAAUAAAACCUCCUGAAUAAAUA